AUGGAAGCAAGUAAAGGUGGUGAAGUGAGAAGGAUUCACAUUGUCUAUUUCCUCAGUUUGAUGGGUCGUUCUGAAGAGCCUCAUCUCAUUCGUGUUCAUCAUCUCGCUCGUAAUGGAGUCUAUCUUCGAGAUGUGAAGAGGUGGCUUGGGGAACUGAGGGGGAAGGAUUUGGCAGAGACACAUGCUUGGUCCUACAAGAGGAUGUACAAAACAGGGUAUGUGUGGCAAGACUUGUUGGAUGACGAUCUCAUUACCCCAAUUUCUGACAAUGAAUAUGUCCUCAAAGGAUCUCAAAUCCUCCCUCUCCCUUUUGAAACUUCUCUAUUUGGUGAAAGCAAAGCUUCCACAUUGAAUGAGGAGAUUCCUCUACAAGUACAUGACACGAGGGGCAACGAGCAGAAGCAGAAGCAACCAUUGAUAACAAAAGAACUUCAACUUCAAAGAUUUUCAUAUUUGAAAGCGAAUUCUCAGGAGAAACUAUCUUCAGAAAUCAGCUCUGAUAGAUUCACAUUAACAGAUACUGAAAAUGAAUCUUCUAAAUUCGUUGAACAAGAAUAA